AUGAUAUUUCAGGCCUCAAGGUUCAGCGCCUCGGGACGUAAAGUGCCCCUCGAGCCCCACCGAAGCGAAGCAUGCCGCUCACACACAAACCCCACAAAGGCCACAGCGGGGUGGUCCAGCAACACAACGGUGUCCUUCCCACUCACAGUGCACACACACACAAUGACACUCUCGCAUGCUCAUGUCGGAGAGGCACUGCGGCAUUCCCUAAAAUGUACACGGAGCCACACACCUACAAAGAGGAAAAGAACAGCUCAUGAAAAGAACAACAACAACAACAGGAUAACAACAGCACACAAGGCACUCACAAUACAAUAA